CAGGGCGGGAGCAUCUUUCGCUCGCGCGCCGCGUGCCUUCCUCUCGAGCCUUUUGUGUUUGAAACUCUCAUAUCUCACAUAUCAAUAAUUCAAGCGCGCGCGAGAGAGAGCAGACGGAGCUCCCCCCCCCCUGUGCACGCUAUGAGUUCUACUGCCUCGUCACUCGUCCAGGGCCCCUCCGUACCGCGCGCGACUCCCGCUUCUUGUGUUUCCAAGUGACAGAAAACCUGCCGAGAAGUGAGAAAAAGAAGUGAACACUGCAGCGACCCGACCGGAGAUAACGGGGGUAACAAACUGAUUUUCAAAAAAAAAGGAGAGAAGCCUAAAAAUAAACCGUCUGGUUUUCCCUUAAACAGACUGCGAGGGAUAAACUGUUUGCAGAGGGCUAAUUAAAUCCAAGAAAACGGAGUGGGGAACACGGAGAAACUCUUCCUAUACCUUACUUUUUUCAAAAGGGGAGUAGACCCGCGGCUUUACAAGGUGUGAAUACCACCGAAGAAGUUUACCGUUCUGGUCCGGUAUGUUGGCGUUUUGCUUGCUGAGUGCCGUGUGGCUCGCGGCGAGCCCGGCCCGCGCUCAGAACGAGACGGAACCAAUCGUCCUGGAGGGGAAGUGCUUAGUGGUGUGCGACUCCAACCCGGCCGCGGACCCCACAGGCACGGCGCUCGGCAUCUCGGUGCGCUCGGGCAGCGCCAAAGUGGCGUUCUCCGCAGUCCGCAACACCAACCAUGAACCGUCCGAGAUGAGCAACCGGACCAUGGUCAUCUACUUCGACCAGGUUAUAGUAAAUAUUGGGAAGAACUUUGAUGAGGAUAGAAGUAAUUUCAUCGCGCCGCGCAAAGGGAUUUACAGUUUUAACUUCCACGUAGUGAAAGUCUACAACCGCCAAACUAUUCAGGUGAGCCUGAUGCACAAUGGCUGGCCGGUGAUUUCAGCGUUUGCCGGUGACCAGGACGUGACGCGUGAGGCGGCCAGUAACGGUGUUCUGAUCGAGAUGGAGAAGGGUGACCGGGCCUACCUCAAACUGGAGAGAGGAAACCUCAUGGGAGGAUGGAAAUACUCCACCUUCUCCGGCUUCCUGGUGUUCCCGAUGUAGAGGGAGAGGGAGAGGAAGAAGAGGAGCAGGGGGUGGAAACGAAAGGAGGAGGAGCUGGAGGAGCUGAUGGAAGAUGGGAAUUGAGAUGAUGACGGGAGGGAAAAGGCAGACGGAGGAAGAAGAGGGGCGUGGGGAAAAGAAAAGGGACAUGAAUAAGAAGAAGAAGGGAUUGUGACAACGGACUCUGUUUGGGACGCUGCAGAGGGAGGAGGGAGAUGUUAAGAGAUAUAAAGGCAUGGCACAUAAUGAUUAUACAAUGGUUAAAAUGAGAGAAGAAAUAUUGAAGCCAGUUCACUUCCCUUCCUCCUUUCAUCCAUCCCUUCAACCAUUCCUUCCUCCCUCCGUUUUAUUCAGUGGCUUGACUGCAGCUUUGGACAGCCAAAACCUUUUUUAUUCUCUGCUGAAAGACGCAAUUGAUCAUCUGUAUGUCCCAGAGUGUUCUAAUGCCCGAGUGUCCCCCACGUCCCCCACGUCCCCCACCACCACCAGCACCCUUCCUCCACAUUCAUUCGUUCAUUCCUUCAUUCAUGCAUCAAUCUCUAUCAACACAAGCUUUAAAGAAUGUUUCUUCUGGACAUAUUCCUAGUCUUUUUUUAUGCUCAACAUACAUUACACUGAUGUUGGAUCAGUCCAAAGCCAAACUAAAACUUUAAAAGGGGAAACUCUUUGGUCCCAAAAUCCGUUGCUACAUUUACAUUCCCCGUGAAGCUGUGUUUUAUAGUUAUUAUAAUAAUUAUUGGAUUUAAAAAAAAAAAAAUCCUUAACCUCAGAAUCCAUUUGCGUUACAUAACUGUUUCCUACACAUAAUCCAGGCAGCAACUGAGUUUUUGUACAAAAUGUAAUCAGAAAAACAAAAGAGGAGUAGAGACAUGGAGGGGCCAGGAGGAGACAGGGUUUCUAUCUGACUGCAGCAAAUUAGAAGAUUUUAAAAGAAUACCCCACAAGCUAGCAUAAUAUUUCCAAAAGUACUAUAGAACUCUUUUUCUUUUUUUUUUACUUUUCCACUGUAAU